AAGCUGCAACGUAAUCAGUAAAUAAAACGAUAAGUCACUCGCUCGUGUUAUUCACAUCCAUUGUUCGGCUGUUUUCUUCCCACAAUUUUAUUAAUCUACCUCUUCGAUUGGAUAAAUCAUCGAUCAAGGAGCCAUAUGAGCAUUAUUUUUGACGACAUGGUAACGAUUUUCUUCUAAUAAGGAACUUGCGAGUGAGACAGCAUCCGAUAUUUUUAUCUCGAUAUAUCAUCAAACAGGUCAACAAUGGCGUUCACUAGGUAUCAAGUACUUUUGAUCGUCGUUAUGGUGGCUACGGGAUCCAUCAAUACUUUAUCAACGAAAUGGGCUGAUCGUCUUUUCUCUGUUGGUUCUGAUGGAGGAGCACCUCGCAAAUUCGACCAUCCGUUUGUUCAGUCUUGUUUCAUGUUCUUAGGCGAAAUCCUGUGUUUGAUUGCAUUCAAAACAAUGUUCCGGUAUUAUACAUCUAGACAGGUUAUUGUUGAAGAUGUUGAUUUGAUCAGAGGCAGUCAGAAUUUCAAUCCAUUUUUAUUCUUUCCUCCGGCCAUGUUUGAUAUGGUUGCUACAUCGAUAAUGUAUGUCGGAUUAGAAUUGACCUAUUCUUCGAGUUUUCAAAUGUUGAGAGGUUCCGUCAUUGUUUUUGUAGCUCUACUUUCGUCCAGUUUCGUAGGACGUGAAACAAAAGCUCAUCAGUGGUACGGUAUCGUUAUUAUUAUCGCAGGCUUGUCUGUUGUUGGUUUAGCCGAUGUGUCGAGCUCAAAAGGCAGUAAAGACAGUAACAGUAUAAUUACUGGCGACUUAUUGGUAAUUAUGGCUCAGAUAAUAACCGCUUGUCAAAUGGUUUACGAAGAAAAAUAUGUUGUUGACAAAGACAUUCCUCCGUUACAAGCAGUCGGUUGGGAAGGUACUUUUGGAUUUGUCGUGUUGAGCAUUUUAUUGAUUCCGUUCUAUUUUAUCAAAGUUGGCCCUCCAUUUGCUGAAAAUGCUCACGGUGUAUUGGAAGAUUUUCCUGACGCGAUAACUCAGAUCUACAAUAAUGGAUGGCUUUUGGUUUCCUGCGUUGGCACGAUGAUCAGUAUAGCGUUCUUUAACUUCGCUGGAAUCAGUAUGACUAAAGAAGUCUCAGCCACAUCGAGAAUGAUCAUAGAUACAGUUCGUACUUUCUUCAUUUGGAUUGCUUGCUUGAUUCUUGGAUGGGAACAAUUUCAUAGUUUACAACUUCUGGGAUUCUCUAUUUUAUUGUUCGGAAUGUGCUUCUAUUACAAAAUUAUUCCGUUCGCUGCCUACAUUCAUGCUAUACGAGGACGUACUAUUGUUACCGAAGAACCGAUUAUUAAUCAGAGAGUAGACGAACCUUGAAAAAUUGGAAUGCAUUUAUUAGACUUUUAUAUUUUUUAUUGUUUUUAACAUAAUUAUUUACUGCGUAAAUUUAUUUUUGAAUACUAUCAUAGUUUAAUUCGGUUACCGAUUGAUUUUAAAAAUUGCUGCAAUGCAGAUUCGCUAUGAAUCGAGUAAGAUUUACGUGAUAUAGAAUAAUUUGGUAUUUUAAUCGUAUCGUAGUGCAUUUUGGAACACAAAAUUUUACUAUUCGGUUUGAUGGAAACCUACGGUGUUAUUAAGUUAUAAGAUGAUUAGUGAGACUGUUUAGUUUUUCCACUUUCCGUGAAUUUUUAUCUUCUUAUCGAACGAGAAAAUCGUUUAUUUUAAUUAUUUAUUAUUUUAUUUUUUACCAUACGUAGCAUAGCUCUAUUAUUUAUUUUCAAAAUUUGAUACUGUUUUUUAAUGCGUUUUUUAACUACGUGUAUCAUUUAACAGUAAUUAUUGAUUAUUUAAAUUUAUUUCGGACGGCUAGUUCUCGUAUUGUGUCAGCCAAGUGUCGGUAUUUUGUUUUAUUAUAUUUUAUAUCAGGCACUUAUAUUAUUUAUCAUUUUUAUUCCUUUUUACUUGAUUUAACGUUAACUAGUCUUUAUACGAUUUUUGUUCCAAUUACUGCAUGUAAUUCCUAUUAUUUCGGUUAGUUUGUGAAUUAUAUCUGUAAUUUUUUUGGUA